UUUAGUGAAAGGCCUGGCUUUGAUUCUUGAUGCAGGAAGUUUUGACUUUUGAGCAUAAUGGUGGCUCCAUCUUCAACCUCUACCUCCCUGAAGGAGUACCUAAAAAAAUAUGAAAGUAACACCAAUGAAGAAGGAAAGAAGAAACAGAAGAAAAAGAAGAAGGUUAAACCUAAUGAUGUCAAAGGUGUUGUCGUCGUUGACGAAGAUCCUGUUUGGCAAAAGCCUGUAAAAAUUGAAGAUGAAGAGGAUGAGUCAGCUGAUGAAGAACUGCCUCAGGUAAAUGAAGAUAUUGAAGUUAAGCGUAUGAAGAGAUUGGAACAGAUUAGAGCUAGACGUCCAUUUGGUUCUGUUUCAGAAGAUGGAAGUGGUUGGGUAUCUGUUUCAAGUACUUCUAAUGACCAAAUUUCUGAUUUGUCCCCGACACAGAAAAGGCCUGGUCGAAAUGAUAGUCCCUCACCAGAACCUCAACUUAAUCCAUCAAGUCCUGCAGCUGAUUUAUCACCACCACGUAAACCUAGGGCUCGAAAUGAUACACCCUCUCCAGAAAGUCGGCGUAAGCAACCAAGAACUCAAGAGGCUGAUCUGUCGCCACCUCGCAAGCGUAGUGCCAGGAAUGAUACACAGAGGACUAGGAUUCGUACACCUUCACCUGAACCCCAGUUGAAGCCUUCAAGUGCAAAAGAUGCUGAUUUGUCACCACCACGUAAGCGGAGGGUUCGGAAUGAUACACCUGAACUUGAAAUGAAGCCUUUGAGCACUAGAGAUCCUGAUAUUUCACCACCACGUAGACAAAGGGCUCGGAAUGAUACACCUGAAUCUGAUAUGAAGUCCUUGAGAAGUAGAGAUACGGAUAUCUCACCACCAAGGAGACGUAGAACUCGAAAUGAUACCCCUUCACCAGAACCCAAACCCAGGCCUUCUGCUGAUUUGUCGCCACCAAGACGGAGGCAAAAGUACGGCCAAAGUCUUUUGGAUAUCUCUGAUGUUUCUCCUCCUCGACGAGGUUCCCGUGCUCAAGGUGAUUCGAGAGCCGAUCAAGCUACAGAUCUCUCGCCCUUGAGGAAAAAGAAAGCCCAAAAUUCACUGGAGGCACGUCCAGAUUCAUCCACUACGAAGCAGGGACCAAAGACUGGUUUGGUUAGUGGCAAAGAUAUCAAAGAAGAAAUUGAUAGGACAAAGAAGGAAGACUGGAUGAGGUUUCAGGAAAUGGAUCCUUUGGUUAGUGGCCGUGGUGCUGAACCGGUAUAUCGGGAUAAAAUUACAGGACAACGGAUGUCAAAGGAGGAGUUCUUGAAGUCCAAGAAGAAGAAGGAAGAGAAGGAGAAGCCAAAGGAAAUAAAACUGGAAUGGGGAAAGGGCUUGGCUCAAAAGCGUGAGAUGGAGGAUAGGCUUCAGGAACUGGAAAGUGAGAAGGACAAGCCGUUUGCACGGAGCAGAGAUGAUCCAGAACUCGACACAAUGCUGAAGGAAAGAGUUCGAUGGGGUGACCCAAUGGCACAUUUGGUUAAGAAAAAGCUGGAUCCAAUUCUGCCGGACUUUGGGGCUAAUGAGAAAAUGAAGGACUCUGGUUUUAUAAUCCCUCAGGAUAUCCCUUCUCACAGCUGGAUAAAAAGAGGCUUGGAUGCAGCACCUAAUCGUUAUGGGAUAAGGCCAGGGCGACACUGGGAUGGGGUUGACCGGAGCACAGGAUAUGAGAAGGAGUUGUUCAAGAGGACGAAUGAGAAACAAGCAACAGAAAAAGAAGCAUAUCUGUGGUCCGUCUCCGACAUGUGACUUGUUCAAGUUUCCUUUAGCUUUUUAUAUUUCAAUGGAACAACUGCCUCCACUUCUCUUCAGUCAUUUACAUAGAAAGACCUAUGUCUUACAUAAUCCCAAUAUGUUGUAUUGCCUUUAGUACCUAGCCAUUCCAUUGGUAUCUUUUUGUUGUAUAAGAUGUUGAAAAUGUUUCCGCCUUUCUUCUUUAUUCGUGGGUUAAAUUUUGAGUUAAUGCU